AUGAGGCUGCGCGGAGCUCACGUCCUCGUGGAGAUGCACGGAGAGGUCCCCAUCUUCUACCACGCCUACUUCCGGCUGAGGCUGCCGAAGGUGUUCCAGGACCUGUGGGGCGGGGUCCGUGCCGCCCUCCUGCAGCGCGGGACCGCCCUGCACUUCGAGGUCUCCCUCUCCUCCGACUGCGCCUGGGGGCACUGCCGCGCCGCAUACGCCACGCGGGAGGAGAUGCGGCAGCACCUGCUGGAGGUCCGGGGCGCGUGGCGUGCAGCGCUCAGCGGCCCGGCAACCUUGAGCAGGUUCGAGCUGCACGGCCUGUCCGCAGACACCGACGAGCUCCGCCGCUCGGCAGCGCUCACGGCGCUGGGCGUCGGCCCCACCCUCUGUCGGGUCUACCAGGGGUACUACUCCCUCUGGGGGCCCCCGCGCACGCACGCCCCCGGCGCGGUGGAGGACUGCCCGGACGUGCUGUGCACGUUCCGCAUCGUGCCGCUUGACCCCUCCACGGGUCGGCCGGGCCAGCGGGCGGACGUGUCGUACCUCUGGAACUUCUGGAGGGCCCACAAGCUGAGCGAGGUCGCCGUCGCCGUCGGGCCGUCGUCGGAGUUUCUGGAGGUCUCUUGCGGCACCAGCCACGUCCAGGAGCUGCUGCAGCACCUCUUGACCCAGGAGGUCCUGGCCCAGGAGGAGCACCUCGUGGCGGAGGCCCGCGUCCCCCCUGGGGACGCGCGCCGCCGCCGCGAGGCGCACGGCUACGACGUCCACGUCCCCCCCGAGGCAGGCUGGGUGCUGGACCUCCCAGAGCUCCGCAGCCUGCACCGGCCGCGCGUCUUCCAGAUCCGCUGGAGCUUCCGCGCGCGCGGGCGCACGGGUGCCCGCUCUCGGCGCGCGGCCUCUGCGCCGCCGCCGGACGUGGCCCGGGUGGAGGCCCAGAGCGCAGAGGGCGAGGCCGCCGAGGACCCGCGCAUGCCCGGCUGCGACCAGCUGGGUCACGGCGGCGCCGAGUGCGCGCAAGAGCCUGGCCCACCAGCCGACCGGGGAGCCGAGCCCAGCGAUGGCAGGGAGGCUGGCGGCGCCGGCGGGUCUGGCGCAGCCGCCGUGGCGCUGCCGUUGCCUUCGCCCCGCCGGCAGCGCGCUUGCUCCCGCCAGGAUCGCCCAAAGGCCCCAGAGCCGGACGCCGCCAGGCUGGCCGCGGAAAACUUGAGGAUCGCUGGCGCUUCCACUGGCGGCAAGGGGCCCAGCAAGGGGCCCGGCAAGGGCAGGAGCCUGCCUGCCGCGCCCCGCGCCGCCGGGGGCAAGGGCAGCAAGAGGGGCAGCACGCCACUCGGUCGCCGGUUCCACUGGCAGGGCCUGUCCGCGGAGCGCCUGCAGGGCACGGUGUUCGAGCGCGACGCGGCAGUCGCGGCGGCCGGGGCGCCAGAGAGGGCCCUGAACCUGGCGGCUCUGGAGAGCUUGUUCUCGGACCUGCGGGUGGAGGGGGGCGUUUCUCCCUCGGGCGGUGGCGACAGUGAGGUGCGGGUGCUCUCCGCCUCGCGGGCACAGCACGUUUCCAUCGUGAUGCACCGCGUGCUGGGGCAUUCGGCCAACGUGGCGGACGUGGAGCGGCUCGCGCAGGGCCUGGAGCGGCUGUCCCUCUUGGACGGGGGGCGACCCUCGUCCGCGGCGCCGCUGCAGGACACAGAGCGCCUGGACCUGCUCAGCACGGCGCUGCCCACCGCCGAGGAGGCCGCGGAGCUGGAGAGCCUGGGGAGCAUCCCCGAGGGCCGCAUGCGCCGGGCGGAGCGGCUGCUGAUGCCGCUGCUGCGAGUCCCGCGCGCGGGCGUCCGCCUGAGGCUGCUGCAGCUCGCGCGCGGCGCGGGCUCGCGCCAGGCCCACCUGCGGGCCCGCGCGGGCCGCCUCGCCGAGGCGGGGAGGGCGCUGCGGGCGUCCGAGGCGUUGCGGCAGGUGCUGCGGGCGGUCGCCCGGCUGGGCAGCUGGAUCAACUCCUCAGAUCCAGGGGCGCACGGCGGCUUUGCCCUGUCGUCCGCCCUGGGCAAGCUGCGGUAUUUCCGCGCGCUGCGCGGGGACCGCUCCGUCUCGCUGCUGCACGUGGCCGUGCUCGCAGCGGCCGGCGGGGACUCCGAGGCCGCCGGGGCCCUUGGGGCGCAGCUCGGGCACGAGCUGCGGGAGCUGGACGAGGCCUCGCGCGAGGACGUGCGCGAGCUGGGGCAGGCGGUGGCCGACUUCGCCGCCGAGGUCGCGUGGUUCGCCCGCGAGGCCGAGCGGCCCGAGGGCACAGGCGGCGGCGGCUACGCGGCGGAGGCUCGCGAGCGGCUGUUGCGGGCGCACAGGGUGGAGCUCGCCCCGCGUGCCGAGGAGCUGCAGGGCGCCUGGAGCGAGGCCAGGGCCGAGCUGAGCGCGGCCCUGGCCUUCUUCGCAGAGCCUCAGGAGCCCGCGCCGGGCGGCAGCGUCGACGCGGGCGCCGCGGAGCGCCUGCUGAGGACCGUGGACGCGUUCCGCUGCGACCUGCAGCGGGCGGCCUCGGAGGUGCGCGCAGAGCCGGAGCGCUUCGCGGCCGUCUGCGCGGGCCCCGCCGCGCGGGCGCAG